AUGGAAGAUCCCCUUAUCGCUUCCGGAUCACGUUCCGGCGUUGAAUCCUUACCGGAAACUCCAGUCUCCGCCGUAACCUCCUUCGCCGCAGUCGUCGAAUGCGUUCGUCGGAAUUGGAUCAUAACAUUAGCGAUGGUCGGACUUUUCCUCUACUUAGCCUUCGUUGUUUGCAUAUUCUGUUUCUAUAGAGACCAAUACUCCGGAAGCGAAACACAUCCAAUCGUCGACGCGUUUUACUUCUCAGUCGUUACAAUGAGCACCGUCGGUUACGGCGACAUUGUCCCGUUAACUAGAACUACGAAGAUCAUAUCGAUCGGUUUCGUAAUAAUCAGUAUCGUGUUACUCGACAUUCUAAUCAAUUGGGUCGUCGAUCACGUUCUUGCUCUCCAAGAAAACGCGAUUCUCGCUCUGAUCGCUAAUAGAAACAGAGCGAUUCGUGAUCGCAUUGUUGACCUCGAGAACGGUGGGAAGAUGAAGACGAUUUGGAAAUUCGGAUUAGCGUUAUGCGUCGUGGUUACUUGCGUUGGAGUUGGAGCUUGUGUUCUUUGCUUUGGAGAGAAAUUAGGUUUCUUGGAUUCGGUUUACUUAUCGGUUAUGUCGGUUACUACGGUUGGUUAUGGAGAUGAAACGUUUAAGACGGUUGGUGGGAGGAUUUUCGCGGUGUUUUGGCUUGUGUUGUCGACUAUUGCAAUGGCUUGUUUGUUUAUCUACUUUGCACAGAUUAGAGUCGAUGGUAAAGUCAUGGAAUUGCCCCUGAGCGAAUCGGAGUUUGUUGUGUCGAAGCUUAAAGAGAGUGGGAAGAUUAGUGAGGAUGACAUAAAGCAAGUCGUAAGCGAAUACGAGAAGCUCGAUCGUAACAAUUUGCGAAAGAUCACAUCGUCCCAACUCUUGGAGGGUGGUAAUGGUGAAAACUGA